UCAGAGGAGAGGCAGAAGGGCGUUUCUAGCCUAUUUAAUAAGCGCUGGCAGAGAGCAGUCAAGGGGUCGGGCCUACACUAAACAUGGAAGGAAAAAAAGAAAGUCAAGCUGCAUACUGAAUGUCUAAAUAACUGCCUUUUUUAAAGGAAACACCCGUCAAGAAAGAAGCAGAGAGACAGAAAGGAGCAAAGCAAGGACUCCAAAGACAGACGAACUGAGAUGAACUGUUCACGAAGCUCCAGUUCUGUCAAGAGUUUCGGUGGCAGGUUUAGCUGCUGGUGGGACAAGGAAGGACUGAAACCCUGCACACCUGUUGGCAUUGGAAGAAAAAAGUAGCAACAAACUGUGAUUGGUGCUCACUUGAUCACCUACACUUCGGCGCAUCCAGCUACAGGAGAACCACAAUAACCACAACCAAGCAGCAGUCUGUUCCACACAAACAUCCAACAGAGAGUUGACUCCACACUGUUAACUCCACAAGCUCAGGAUGGAGGAGCGCAUUUAUGCUACAGGCAUGGCCGCCAAGCUGAGGAGCCAGUGGGACCGUGAUGAAGGUCUGGGACAGAACCACAACGCGGUGAAGUUUCUGGGUCAGGACUAUGAGUGUCUGAGAGCCCAGUGCCUCCAGAGCGGGAGGCUGUUUGAGGAUAGUUUGUUCCCUUGUGCUGCAUCGUCUCUGGGAUUCAACGAGCUCGGCCCAAAGUCCUCCAAGACCUACGGAGUCCGCUGGAUGAGGCCCACGGAGUUCUGCAAGCGGCCUGAGUUCAUCGUGGAUGGAGCUACUCGCACAGACAUCUGUCAGGGAGCUCUGGGGGACUGCUGGCUGCUGGCUGCCAUCGCCUCGCUGACCUUAAACGACAACCUCCUCCACAGAGUGGUUCCUCAUGGACAGGGCUUUGGGCAGGGAUAUGCCGGCAUCUUUCACUUCCAGUUCUGGCAGUUUGGCGAGUGGGUGGACGUGGUGAUCGAUGACCGGCUGCCAGUGAAGGAUGGGAAGCUGCUGUUUGUCCACUCGGCAGAGGGAACCGAGUUCUGGAGCGCGCUGCUGGAAAAGGCCUACGCUAAGUUGAACGGCUGUUAUGAGGCUCUGUCAGGCGGCAGCACAUCAGAGGGCUUUGAGGACUUUACAGGCGGCGUGACGGAGAUGUACGACCUGAAUAAAGCCCCCUCCGACCUCUUCAGCAUCAUCCGCAGGGCCAUAGACAGAGGAUCACUGCUCGGCUGCUCCAUAGACAUCACCAGCUCGGUAGACAUGGAGGCCGUCACGUUCAAGAAGCUGGUGAAGGGACACGCCUACUCUCUGACUGGUGUGGAUGAGGUGAUGUACAGAGGAAGUCUGACCAAGCUGGUUCGCAUCAGGAACCCCUGGGGGGAAGUGGAAUGGACCGGAGCCUGGAGCGACAACUCCAGAGAGUGGGACAGUGUGGAUCCCUCCGUCAAAAGUCGGCUACAAAAACGCAGCGAGGACGGUGAAUUCUGGAUGUCGUUCAGUGACUUCCUGCGCGAGUUCAGCCGUCUGGAGCUCUGCAACCUGACGGCUGACGCCCUGCAGAACAACCAGCUGAAGAAAUGGAGCUCAUCGCUCUAUCAGGGAGAGUGGAGGAAGGGCAGCACUGCUGGAGGCUGCAGGAACUUCCCAGCAACCUUUUGGCUGAACCCUCAGUUCAAGAUUGCGCUGCAGCACCCAGAUUCUCCCGACCAAUCAGACUGCAGCUUCCUGGUUGGCCUCAUGCAGAAGGACCGCAGGAAGAAACGGCGGGAGGGUAAAGACAUGGAGACCAUCGGGUUUGCAGUCUAUGAGGUUCCAAGUGAGUUUGCAGGCAGCUCAGGGGUCCACCUGAAGCGAGAUUUUUUCCUCACCCACGCCUCCAGUGCUCGCUCAGAGCUCUUCAUCAACCUGAGGGAGGUCAGCUCCAGGUUGCGGCUGCCAGUCGGGGAAUACAUCAUUGUCCCCUCCACCUUCGAGCCGGCCAAAGAGGCUGACUUUGUCCUCAGGGUUUUCUCUGAGAAGCCCGCCAACUCUGAGGAGCUUGAUGAUGACGUUGCAGCAGAUCUUCCGCCAGAGACUCAGCUAAAUGAGAGCCAGAUCGACGCUGGCUUCAAGAGUCUCUUCAGACAGCUGGCAGGGCCGGACAUGGAGAUCAGUAUCACAGAGCUGCAAACCAUAUUGAACAGGAUCAUCAGCAAACAUAAAGACCUGAAGACAGACGGCUUCACACAAGAAGCUUGUCGCGGUAUGAUAAGCCUCAUGGACACGGACGGAAGUGGAAAACUGGGCCUGACAGAGUUCCAUGUACUCUGGGAAAAGAUUAAACGAUACCUGACUAUAUUCAGGGAGUUUGACGUGGACAAAUCGGGCACCAUGAGCUCCUAUGAGAUGAGGAUGGCUCUUAAAUCUGCAGGUUUCACGCUGACCAACCAUUUGUUCCAGCUGAUCAUCCUGCGCUACUCUGAGGCCGACAUGUCUAUCGACUUUGAUAACUUUGUCACCUGUCUGGUCAGACUGGAGACCAUGCACAAAACCUUUCGGACCAUGGACACAAAUAACUCCAAAUCCAUAACCCUCAACUUCACCCAGUGGAUUACCCUGACCAUGUUUGCCUAGAGAUGAGUGGACUCCUCUGUAACUGUUGCACUGCAUCCUGCUGCAGCUCCAGGCCCUGUAUGCAUUGUGUCAGAAGUGCCUUUUUUCUGCUCCAGUUCUUCCUCUCCUCUACGCAGCUCGCUGCUGAGGCCCUCUGAUGCUUAAAGACUGUAAAUUCAUCUUUGUAGUGCCUGUUGGAAACAUGUGCCAAUCCUUUAUUUCUCUGUUAUUUGACUAUGUUGUUCUGUUUUGCCAACAGAAGGAAGCUCACUUCUCGUGGCCUGGCAGUCAACUCUGCCGUAGCACUGACUGUGAGCUAGGCAGAACGUUUUUAGUUAUACAAACAUUUCUUGGAGGCAGAGCUAGUCUGGGGGCAGAAUCGUUUUUUCAUUACCUUUUAGAAUAAACCGUUUUUAUCUACAAAGGGAGCGGGUCCCCUGCCACAGAGGCCGCCAUGUUGCACCGCCAUGUUUCUACAGAAGCCCAGAACGAACAAACCAAAUACUGGCUCUAGAUAACCAUUAGCAUUUUUUUGAGUUUCGCGACCACUGUAGUUUCUUCUACAUGCUUGGAAGGGGAGGCGAGGGAGGCGAGCGGUAUUCAAAUGGUUGCAAACUGUGAUUUCACCACUAGAUGCGACUAAAUCCUACGCACUGGACCUUUAAGUAGUCACAUGAAUUGAUAAAUUGACUAAUAAACAAUUAAUGAACACAAAAUGCACAAAGAUUCUGCUGUCAUCUCAGGAGUUAGCUAUCAAUGAUUACUCAUUAAUGAUUACUCUUUAUCAUAAAAUGUAUACAUAAUAAGCACUAGGCUGUAAGGGAUACGUCUGCAUGGCUACAUUCAUCUGCAGAGGGAAAAUAAUACUUCUGAUUAAAUCAAUUAAUUGAUACGUGAAAAACAUCCUGUGGCUAGUCCACCAAAAGUUAAUGUUCUUGAGGACAACCUGACAAUCUGCAGAACGCUCUGUCCAGAGCUUAUUUUUUGUAAAAAUGGGAGAUGUUUGAAGUUAAUUCUGCUGUCAGUUAUCAGUCUUAGUGCCAGAUGUGGUCGAUGUGGAGAGCUGUUAAGUGUGUCCACUUGUUCUUCAGCCUACUCUUUAAUGCCCUACAUUCAGCGCAUAUGAAUGUGCAAUAUGUAUCUCUACUAUCUCUGCCUUUGUAGCGACGUUGCCGGUUUGGUACUUUCUGUUUACAUCUUGUGCCAACUUUGCUUUCACCUUAGCAUCAAGGGUCCACUCAUAAAGCUUUACUGGACCCUGCAGUGCAGAGACAAUGGUGGCGGGCUGUAUCAUAGAGAAUGUGUUGAGUUAUAUUUCUUUAAAACUAAUCUUGUUUAGCUUUAAGACAUACCUGCUUAUAAUUAUGCAUGGCACCUUUUACUGACUAGAUUUCAUAGUGGUUUAAAAAAGGAAUGUGUUAGCCUUGUUUAAUCUAGCCUUUCAAAGGAAACAAAGAACAUGUCAGCACUUCAGUUGACGGUAAACAAUUAUGCAAGAUGAAUGGAUAUGUUGGAUGCAUGCAUUGUGAAAUGUGAUGUGUUUUCUGCCUGCCUAAUUUCUGUUCAACCAGGGGAGCAAGUGUUUUAUUUGAAGAGUUGUAUUCCAAAAUAACAUGUCACUUUUGGGAAAAAAAGACUUCAAAAGCCUUUAAGUAUGGAGGAUGUACAUAUAAAGUGUCGUAAUUUUCUUAUCAAGCCAAGAGACGACCUGCAAGUGUUUCAAAUACCAAAAUAGUUUGUUCUGCCAAUUAUUUUUUUCCAGUUUGUCUUUUUGUAAAUGGAGGAAUUGAACUUAUUACUUACAUUUAUCCGGCAAUGCUAGCAUUCUUGUCUAAGCCAAUGCUUAUAUAACAUUACUUGAUGUUUACAGCAGUAACAUUCUGGGUCCCUUUGGACCCAUUCAUCAUGCAAUACAUUGGUUUACUGUGUAGUGUCUCUGUAAAACUUCCAUACACACUUUGAAAAUAAACAUGGAGAUUUUCAUGA